UCUCACAAAAGCAGUCGUGCUGAGAGAGGGAAAUAUAAGACCCGUGUCUAUCGACUUAGUCAAAAGACAGUUCAAAGAAUAACAGUUAUUCUGGUCUAGAAAAGACGCCUUUUUCAGAUGAAAUGAUGGACACAGAUGUCAUGGUAGGAACCGAAGUGUCGAGUCUCAAGCGGGCGAGGACGCCUUCGCCUGAAGUCCCCAACAAGAUGGCUCCCGUAAAAGACUUGAUCGAACAGAACAUCAAAGACAACAAUGUAAUGGUGUUCUCCAAGUCGACUUGCCCAUUUUGUAAAAAGGUGAAAGAGCUUUUGAAGUCAUUGAAUGUGACAUUUUAUGCUCUGGAGAUAGACUUACUAGACAAUGGAUCAACGAUACAGGACAAACUGAAAGAGAUGACAGAACAAAGAACAGUUCCAAAUGUGUUCAUUCGUGGGAAACACAUUGGAGGUGCAGAUGCUACGAUGAAGCUUCAUACAGAUGGAAAGCUAAUGGAGUUGAUAAUGCCUCCAUCAGAAAACUACACAUAUGAUCUAAUUGUUAUUGGUGGAGGUUCAGGUGGUCUUGCAUGUUCCAAGGAAGCAGCAAUCAUUGGGAAAAAAGUUGCAGUUCUGGAUUUUGUCAAACCAUCACCAAUUGGCACUACUUGGGGUCUUGGAGGCACCUGUGUGAAUGUUGGUUGUAUCCCAAAAAAACUCAUGCAUCAGGCUGCUAUUUUAGGACAUGACUUAGAAGAUGCAAGACAAUAUGGAUGGAGUUUUGACACAACAGUUAAUCACAACUGGGCCACAAUGAGAGAAAACGUUCAGAAUCACAUUGGGUCUCUUAACUGGGGUUACAGAGUGGAACUUCGCGAUAAAAAGGUCACAUAUAAAAAUUCCAUCGGCGAACUUAAAGAUGCUCACACUGUCAAAACCAUCGAUAAAAAAGGAAGAGAGGGGGAGAUGACAGCUCAACAUAUUGUUCUUGCUACUGGUCUACGUCCGAGGUACCCUGACAUCCCUGGAGCAAGAGAAUACGGCAUCACAAGUGAUGAUUUGUUCUCGUUAGAAAACAGUCCUGGCAAGACUGUAAUAAUCGGAGCAUCUUACGUUGCUCUGGAAUGUGCCGGGUUCUUAGCUGGGAUCAAGCUUGACGUAACUGUUCUGGUGCGAUCAAUUCUCUUACGAGGUUUUGACCAGCAAAUGGCUGAGUUAAUUGGUAAUGACAUGAUCAGCCAUGGAAUAAAGGUUAAAAGACCAUCAAUUCCUACAAAGAUUGAACUUAUAGAAGAAGGAACACCCAGAAAACUAAGAGUUUAUUAUAAACAUUUAGACAGUGGCGAGGAGGGCUCCGUAGAGUGCAACACUGUGAUGUUUGCGAUUGGCAGAGACCCAUGUACACAGGGAAUUGGUCUUGAGAAUGUCGGAGUGAAACUCAACCCAAAGAAUGGGAAAGUAAUCGCUGGCGACAAUGAACAAACUAGUGUGCCAAAUAUUUUUGGUGUCGGAGAUAUCAUGGAUGGCAAACUAGAACUCACUCCAGUUGCGAUUCAGGCCGGUAGAUUACUUGCACGUCGGUUAUACGGAGGCCAAAAUGAAUUGUGUGAUUAUGUAAAUGUCGCUACAACAGUAUUUACACCAUUGGAGUAUGGCUGCAUUGGUUUGUCUGAAGAAGACGCCAUUGCCCGCUUUGGGGAAGAGAAUGUGGAAGUGUACCAUACUAACUACCAACCUCUCGAGUACACGGUCGCCAAACGGGACGUGUCCGGCUGCUAUGCAAAGCUGGUUUGCAACAAAAGUGAUAAUGAGCGCGUCGUCGGCUUCCACGUUCUUGGUCCAAACGCUGGAGAGGUGACGCAGGGCUAUGCUGUGGCCAUUAAGUUAGGAGCCACGAAAAAAGACUUCGACAGAACUAUAGGUAUCCACCCCACAGUGUCAGAGGUGUUCACAACACUUGGAACAACGAAGAGCUCCGGAGCGGACGUUGCCGCUUCUGGCUGCUGAGGUUAGACCCUGCUGUCGCUUUGUCUUAGAAUAAUGAGAGCAUGCAAACGCUUCUUGUUUAUUCUGAGAGCGACAGCGGGGUUACACACCUCACCUCGGAUGACCUCGGUACAGUAGCGACGUUUCCUGUUUGCUUAUAUGACGGUGGAGUUUGUAAACUCAUCUUUGUGGGAAAACUUCACCCGAUGUUGUGCUGGAGGAAAUUCCGACACUAUUUGCGGAUUUUUUUCCGUUGAUGGUCAAUUGCACUGUAUAGAUAUUGACUCUACCGUGUUGGACUCAUUGGAUUGCAACGCUGUUCAGGAAGAUUGCGUGACAAACACUGUAACGAAGUGUUACAUGAUUCUAGUUGGUCACGAAACAGUUAAAACUUUGACUUCUUUUCUUUCCUUUUCGCAAUGUACGAAGUUUCACCGUUUAAUUAACUGUAUUCAAAGUAUCGCGAAAUUUUAUAUGAAAAGGGUUUCUUCUCCAUUAAUUGUUGUACAGGCGUCCAAAUGUUUCCUUUUUUUUUUUUUUUUUUUUCAAUCAUUACUUAGUAGCACAAAGGUAUAUUUAUUUCCAUUUGGGAGAACAUUGCGGAAAUUUAAGACCAGAAUUUGUUGUGAUUUAAGGGAAGUUUUAACCGAUAUGAGACCUACUAUUGAGCAAUUUUCAAUCGUGUGUCAAAAGGAACCCAUUGUUACUUUAGCAUGGGAGCAGGCUCUCAUUAAUGGCGCUGCAAGACGAGCGUUUUUCCGCCACCGGGAAGAUUAAAGACGAGUUGGGGAGAGGUUUGCCGUUCUCCUGUCGGCUCGUGUCGCUCAAGACCUCAUACUUUCUCGCGAGUGCCGAAGCGCUUAUAAUGAUGGCCUGCUCGCACACUACUACUGCUCUGUCCUUACAUAUUUUUUUUUUCGCUCUGUGAUAGUUCGCCAUGUGUACGUGAAUUUCUCACUGGCUACUUUUAGUACUUCGUCUUAAUUGGCCGUUGUGACUACCGUGUUUGAGGUUUCAUAACUUUAAAUUCUGAUCUUACUUAGCUUUGUGCAGUGUACAGCUUACAAUCUACGUGGUGGGCGCUUGGCUGAGAACUUGCAUGGAGCGAGUUUGUCACGCGUGGGAACAACACAAGCUUAAGCAUGAGAAGCAUGAGAAGCAUGCGAACCAUGCCGGCCGCCCUCGUACGCCUUACUCGCUCCCUCGCCAAGCCCUCUUUACUUAUUGUUGAUGUGAAAUUUUCACUUCUCUUGACUGUCGUAAUUCAGGUAGAUAAACAGACAAUGGACCACUGUAAAAUAAAAAUGUUUUGAUGA